GCGGGGCAUGGUGGGGGCGGGGCCUGGCCCGGAGUGUCCCCGCGAAGCCUGGGCCUGUUAGGCUGCUCUGUCCGUGUAUCGGCCACCGUCAAAUUCAGUCCCGGCUCACAGCAGCGCCCUGGGAGCGCCUAGCGCCUGCGGCCGGUCCAGGCAGCGCGAUCCUGCGGCGUCCGGCCCCCUCAGGCAUUCCUGGAUGCCAUGGUCGCCGUCUUACGGGCCUUCUGGGCGAAGGGGCCCUUGUGGCUCCGGCGCGGCCUCUGGGCCCAGCUCCCAGCCCACUACUGCAGCGGGGACCUGGCCGGGGCAGGGCGGCGGGAGUCAGACCCGCGGCCCACCAGCGCGCGGCAGCAGGACGGGAUCAGGAACAUCGUCUUGAGCAAUCCCGAGAAGAGGAACGCAUUGUCACUGGCAAUGCUGAAGUCUCUCCGAAGUGACAUUCUUCAUGACGCUGAGAGCGAUGAUCUGAAAGUCAUUAUCAUCUCAGCUGAGGGGCCUGUGUUUUCUUCUGGGCAUGAUUUAAAGGAACUGACAGAGGAGCAAGGCCGUGAUUACCACACCGAAGUAUUUCAGACCUGUGCCGAGGUCAUGAUGCUCAUCCAGAACCACCCUGUCCCUGUCAUUGCCAUGGUCAACGGCCUGGCCACGGCUGCUGGCUGUCAACUGGUUGCCAGCUGCGACAUUGCUGUGGCGAGCGACAAGUCCUCUUUUACCACUCCUGGGGUGAACAUUGGGCUCUUCUGUUCCACCCCUGGGGUCGCCUUGGCAAGAGCAGUGCCUAGAAAGGUGGCCUUGGAGAUGCUCUUUACCGGGGAGCCCAUUUCUGCCCAGGAGGCCCUGCUGCAUGGGCUGCUCAGCAAAGUGGUGCCAGAGGCGCAGCUACAGGAGGAGACCAUGCGGAUCGCAAGGAAGAUCGCGUCACUGAGCCGCCCGGUGGUGUCCCUAGGCAAAGCCACCUUCUACAAGCAGCUGCCCCAGGACCUGGGGAUGGCUUACUACCUUACCUCCCAGGCCAUGGUGGACAACUUGGCCCUGCGAGAUGGGCAGGAGGGCAUCACGGCCUUCCUCCAGAAGAGAAAACCCGUCUGGUCACAUGAGCCAGCGUGAGUGGAGGCGGAGGACUGAGGCCCAUGGGCAGCGCCCAGGAACCCACCCUCCCCUCUGACUCACCCAACCCCACCACUGCCUCUCAGCUUCAACAGGCAGCAGACCAGCUGCUUUUGUGACUCCAUAUUGAUGUCACAGCAUUCGGCCUACAUGAAAAGCCACGAUUUCAUGGGGAAAGGACAAAAUGUGCAAGGCUGGUGAGCCCUGCAGCGGGCCAGCUAUGGUGGGAAGCCGGCAUUGGGGGUGCUCCUUACAGCAUCUUAGGCAAGUGACCCCCCGCCCCGACAUAGCAGAAGGUGACAACUCAUGGAGGCAGGAAAGGACGCGAGCCUGACCCUUAUCAGAAAUGUCCUCCUAGGCAGAGUCAAUCCUGGCUGUUGAGGAGAGGCGACAUAUUUCAAAUCUCCAUGAGAUAUUCUCCACGCAAAAAAAUCUUCAUUCUACAGAGACGUAAUCAUGCCUAUGGCUUUGAAUAAUCUUAUGCGAUUGAAUAAAUUAAGUCUUAUAGAGA